GUCAGCACAGUGUUGCAGGAUAAGCGAGUAUCGCCUCCCACUCGAGCAAGCGGCGCGCGCGCAACGCCUCACUCCGAUCACAGGUCCGAGUGGCGUGGCCGCACCGCCGCCGUGCGAACUGCUACCAGUCAGUGAAGUGCUAGUACAGUGUGGACUUUCAGUUGUGAUAUUGUGAUACUCAGAUGCCAGAGUAGCGAGCGCCAUGUCGCGGGACACGUACGAGAUGAAGCCGAAGCUGUCUCGAGGCAGUUCCCUCUUCGGCACGGAUCCUCAAGUGCAGUUGAGGACAGCCCUGUUGGCCAAUGAUUUUGCAACUUUUAAAAAACUCGUCAGUUACGGUACCGUGGACCUCGAGCAUGUGUAUCAAUACCCGGAUUACAAAACAGUUCUGGAGAUAGCAGUGUCCGAACCGAACAAACAAAAUUUCGUCAAGCUUCUACUGCAACAUGAAGUGGAGGUCAAUAAAGUGAAUGAAACACACACCAUGGCUCCCAUACACUUCGCGGUUGAAAACGCAAACAUCGAAGCAUUGCGGCUACUGCUGGAGGACGACAGGAUCGACGUGAAUAUCAAGAGUAAAGGUAAUAACACGGCCUUACUAUUGGCCAUCAAGGGCAUUGAGGAUCUGGAUGACGACCGAGAACGUGACUUGACUACCUACGAAGAAAUGGUCGAGCUGUUGCUGAAGGCGGGUUGCAGUGCUAAUAGUCCCGAUUCGCAUGGUGUAACUCCGGUGCAUUCUGCUGCUAAACAAGGUCUCGGACGAGUGGUUUCUUUAAUAUUGGACUAUUCUAAAGAACCUGUUGACUUAGAUUCGUACAAAGAUAGGACAGGAAGGACAGCGCGUUAUUAUCUCGAACAAGCAUUCCCUCAUUUGGUGGCCCAGUUCGAAACUCCGGAAGUAGAAGAAAUUAAUGUCGACAAAUUAUUUUCGUAUCUUAAUAGAAAAGAAGAAGAUAAUUUUGUCCGUGAUUUUACAAAACUAGUUAAGAAAAAUGAGCAUCGCACAGCAUUGGCAGCUAACAACGGAAGUAACACAAUGCUGCAGUUGGCUACUGAGUCGGGAAUGUAUAGAGCAGUUGGGACGCUGCUCCUCUCUGGAGCAGAUCCAAACGCUACAUGUUCUGGUAACACCAGAAGGCCUAUAGGCAUAGCUUGCCAACAUGGCCAUUAUAAAAUCCUUAAGAUGUUUAUCGACAACGAAUCAACUUUAUUCGAUCCAGUGAAUGGAGAAUCUCUCCUACAAAUAGCUGUGAAAGGUAUGCGAUCUUAUUCCGAUACACCAAAAGAAAACUUUAAUGAGUGUCUAAAACUAUUAUUGACAGACGUUAAAGUUAAUAUAAACAUCAAUCAUCCCGAUAUUAAAGACAACACAGCAUUGCACUACGCUGCUAGGAACGGUGAUCAAGAAACAGUUUUAGAGCUGUUGAGAAAUGGAGCCUGCGUGGGCUUGCGGAACGUAUUCAAUGAACCACCCCUGGCAGACAUUAACGCCAAAACAUUAGAAACAUAUUUGGACGAAUGUGUUACGACCAAUGACCAACGACCGAGCGACGACGAUUACGAGAUACAUAUGAAAUAUAGUUUUCUUGUUUAUCCCAACAAUUCGCUGGAAAACGAGAUUUGCAAGGUGCCUCUAAUGGAUAAUUCUAGUACUAACGAGAAAGAGUUGGAUUGCCUCUUAGCGCCUGAAACAGAUGCUUUGCUAUACAUGACAAGGAACGAAGAUCUGCGCCCACUACUAAAACAUCCAGUUAUCACUAGUUUCUUAUAUCUAAAAUGGCAAAGAAUAAGUUGCCUGUUCUACGCCAAUAUAACGUUCUACUCAAUUUUUUGGUUGUGCUUGAUCCUGUACAUAAUGUUCGGAUACGUAGAGAAGAAGCAACCGAACCGAUCCUUGGAAGCGUUAAAUGUGAUCACUCACAUUGUGGCAAUAAUUGGUUUGAUACUGUUAAUAUUUCGGGAACUGUUCCAACUACUUGUGGCGCCGACACGAUAUUUACAAAGUUUGGAGAAUUGGAUGGAAAUAGUUCUGAUAUUUGUGACCGCACUUGUAGUAGGGAACGACGCAGCAGCCGAGUCUACUAAACAACAAUUGUCCUCAGUGGCUAUACUGCUAUCAUCCGCCGAGCUAGUUCUGCUGAUUGGUCAGUUCCCUACUCUAUCGACGAAUAUAGUUAUGUUGAAAACAGUGUCAUGGAACUUCUUCAAAUUUCUGCUCUGGUAUUGUAUCUUGAUAAUAGCUUUUGCUUUGAGCUUUUACACAUUAUUCCGCCAUGAACCGGAAGACGAGGACCAGAAAGCGCCGAAUCCAAAUAGUACAGGAAAGGAGGAGGAAGAAGAAGAGGAUUUCUUCGAGGAUCCAGGGAGGUCGUUGUUCAAGACGAUAGUCAUGUUGACGGGAGAAUUCGACGCCGGAUCUAUUAAAUUCAGUACAUUCCCAGUAACGAGUCACUUUAUAUUUAUUGUAUUUGUGUUUAUGAUCCCAAUUGUAUUAUUUAAUUUACUCAACGGUUUAGCUGUAAGCGAUACUCAAGAAAUCAGAGCCGACGCCGAACUAGUGGGGCACAUUUCUCGGGUUAAACUAAUAUCGUACUUUGAGAGCGUACUCAUCGGCAGCGCUAAGUCCUACGGCAAGCCCAGCACUUGCUGGUCGUGGAUGCCGGCCAGCUUCAGUAGUCUAAACAUCAUAAAGCCUAAAAUGUUUUGCAUGAAACCGUUCGCUAAACGAAUUAGUUUAUUCCCACACUUUUUACCAAAAUACCGGAUUCUUGUGAAACCGAACCAGGACAACAAGAUCGAGAUCCCUCACGCGGAGCCGCUGAAGUAUGGCGACGAUUCUGAAGACAUCGAGAGCGGCGGGGGAGGCUGCUGCUUCGAACGUUGUCAGAAUUACAGACUCGACCCGAAAAUUGUGAAGAACGCUAAACUGGUUGUGAGUAAGAAAACGCACAUUACGGAAUUUGACGAAAUUAAAAAUAGAAUAGAAGAUCUUGAGUUGACUCUGAAGAAGGUUCUACAAGCUGUACAGUCUUCUCACAAGUGAUAAUGUUACAAUGCGAUUUUUGUAUUUCUUUUAUAAUAUUAUUAAUUCUUUUUAACAAAUAUUUAUAAGACAUGUCUGGACGAUUAUAUAAUGUUUUAACGUUUUAA